AUCCUGUGCCCACGCUGUUUUUUCUCUAUUCUAGACGUUGCAGGGUAUGUACUUUUGGGCCAGUGGAAUACGAUUCGAGGCAUUACCUCAUAGGGACUCCCGGAUUGAUCCUUAUCACGGCUGCCCAUGUCCGGCAUUCAAUGCCGUGCUUGUUGGUUGGACAUGUUCAUUUCAUCCAAUUGCAGCUCUUCUCCCGCCGACUACAUUUUGAUAUUUUCUACAAAGAACAGAACAGAGAACCAAGUAACUAGGCAUUUGAUGCUUCUCCAAUCCUUUACCGGCUUCAAUAUCCAAAUGCCAUGGAAUCAAUAUUCAGCAGCCACCUCUGCUGGGGGCAUCACGCGCAUGCCCGCCACUGUUACAUCUGGGCAUCUGGCGCGUGCAGACCCCUCUCGACUUGUCAACUCCAACUCUCGACUCCAACCGAAGAAAGCGACCGAUUUCAUGGCCGUGCAGGACGCUAAUAGUAAUUCAUCCUCGAUUUGGACAACAGAACUCUAGACAAGUUGCAC